UUGGAAUAGCUUAUUUCAGACACGAAGCAUGCUCAAAUAGAAGAGUGCUGAUGAGGACGAACCUUUUCUUCAAUAAAUAGCAGCUCUACGCCUCCCCUUCUGAACCGUCGAUGCGCUUGCUUUUUCGUCAACAACGGCGACAAAAUCUUUAAAGAAUCUAAAUCGGGGAGGUAUCAAUCUAAUACUUAAGUUCCAUACGAAUCAAAAUACGGAACUUUCGUCGGCCAGCACAAGGUCGAAACUCCAAAGCAAAAGGACGAACAAACCAAUAUCAAUUCUGGGCCUGAAAUGUAAAUAAAAGCCCAAACGAAACUAUAGUUAGUUAUGGUGACACGUGGCAGCAAACGCCCUAUGGAAAGAAAAAACUCUACUUUAUUAUAUAAGAUACUACGGGUUAGCCCGCCCUACGGGCGGGUGAGUUUACAUUAAAACUAUUUUAUAAUAAAGUAUAUUUUAAUUUUAUAGAACAUUUGGAAAUCUACUCUAUAUUGAAAAUAAUAAAUAGAAUUUAUUUUUAUUUUAAGAUAAAUUUGUAAAUUUUAUUAAAUUUGUUGGUUUGAGUUGAAAAGACCACUAAUAUAAGUUACAAAUUUACUCUAACAUUUUCUCUGUCAGAAAACAAAAAAAUAUUAAAUUUAAAAAUUAUGGAAAAUGCGAUGAUUUACAUUUUUCAUAUUUGAUUUCUAUUUCAAUUUGACAUUGAAGAAAAUCUAAAGUAAGAAUAGCUAAUAUUUUUUAUACUGUUGUUAAUUAUUUUUCCUAUUGAUUUGGUUUUCAUGUGUGAAGCCAAAUGCAGAAGCUUAUGUUAGUUUGACUGAGUGAGCAGUGAAAGUUGAGAAUUUAGUAGAAAUGAUAACUUGCUUUCUUGAUCGUGUGAAUGUUCUUUAGCUUAACGCAAGUGGUGGACAUGCUACAAAAGGUUUUUCAUUAGAGAAACUCGUACUACAGUAAAGUUCAAAAAAACUCGUACUACAAUAAAUAUAUGCUCUACUAAUAGAGUGUGUAACAGGCAAUGAUAAUCUACGACGGUGAGGAUUGCGUUAGGUGUGUGAUACAUGAUAUGACUCCCUUUUUUAGUGAGUCAAGGACUUCAUUGUUGUAAACUGGUGCUUAAAAUAUGCGACUAAAUUGAACCUUCAAGUCAGAGCCUCCACCAAGUUGGCAAGGUAGUUUUUAUUUAUAUAUAUACAUGUAAAAACAGAGCUUACUUGAUCAGAUAUAACAUGACGGUGAAAAUGAGUAUUAAGUCAUAUUUCAUUAAUAUGCAAAAUUUAAAAAAGCUCCAGCGUAGUUUAUAGGAGUCGACAGGAGGGACAUAGACUCCCUUACUUAAGAUUUUACUCAAUGCAUGCCUUCUUUACAGAGGUCCCAUGUUCCAGAACUGUUGGCUUCUCAACACUCUGCAGUCAUUUCGGAAAAAUAGGUCGAGAACCUGGUAGAGCUGUCUCAGCCUCUGUUUUCUUCAACCAUCCCAUGAGUGAUUAUCAAGCCUUCUGCUGGUCACAAGAACACCAAUGUACACACCAUGAGAGGGAUUUGUUGUUACAGAUGCAGCUCCUGGCAUAUCAGUGCUGGGAUCAUUGAAUAUAUGUCACCAUGUAAGGAGGAUGAAUAUGUAAGUUGUAAAUUGUUGAACUGACCUGGACAGUAAAAUUGGAGGUGUAAGUUCAUAUAACUACGAUAAUAGCUACAGUGUAAAAUAAAUUCUUUAAAUUUAGUUCAAACAUAUUGCUCAAGUCGUAUAUUUGCCAUAAUGCGUUUUAUCGUUGUGGGUGGUUUUGAUGGCCAUAACUUCCCUAACAAUAUCUUAUAUCAAAGAGUAAGGAUUAUAACAUUUAAUUUCCAAUCUCAAAUAAAACAAUCGUAAUCCAUAUACUAUGGAGGCAAAGUUGGGGAAAGACCUGGUAAGAGGAUGUUUGUGUUAGCCAGUAACAACACUUGAUCAAAGCUCCGGAACAGGAAGACCUCUGCCGGUAUAGCAUUAAUGGUUUCUGUGAUCUCUAUCAAGGUAGUGUGCUGAGUGAACCUAACUGAGAUGGGUGCAGUAGUCAGCUUGAAAUACUGAUUGCUCUUUGUCACAUCAAAUAAUGAACUCAGUUCAUCUGAGAGGCGUUAUAAAGUGUUCAACCAGUGGACGUUAAUUGAUCUCUGGAUCAUCAUGGACUGCUUCCCUUUUAAAAAAAAAAACAGACGGUAUAAACACAGUCAUAUCCAAUAAGUGAAAGUAACAGAAUAUUUAGUGACUUCCCGUUAUGGAGUAUCAUAAACGUAUACAAAAACAAAUCAUGAAGAUCUUUAUUAAAAAACAUGGACUAAGACUUUAAUUCCAAGGCGAGAAACACAGAAUCAAUACAAUAUAUAUUAAACUGAACGAAAAAAAUCCAGAGGAUUCCAGAAAGAAAGAAGCAAUAUCUGUGGAGCUUUUGAUAUUAUGAUUUGAUUUCAGAGGUCUUGGCAGAGGCUUUGGUUUGUCGAUUGGAUUGUGGAUGAGCAGGUUUUGUGAACUUUCUAAAGAGGAUCACAAAUAUCAGGGGAGAGGCCAUUAAAAUCAUUGAUCAUGAGUGAAGAUAACAAACAAAAGACGUAUCAACGAAUAGGAAAAACAUUACAAAAAAAUAUUUACUUUUUUGGGCAAACACAAAGUUUCUAAAUUUACGACUGGAUCAUAAAAUAGUACCAUAUCCAUCAAAAUUAAGAGGAUGAACAUACCUACAGGUGAACACGUGAUACAGAGCCACAACCAAACGUCUUGAAGAGAGCAUGGAACGAUUUGACUUGUGUUCUCAUCGACCUUGAUCUGAAGCUUAAUAACAUCAUUCCUUUUUAGUUAACUUGAUGAUUAAGCCUCAUGUUCAUGUUCAAUUUCGUUCUCGAUCCGUCCUUCUUUUGCUGAUCCUCACUGGUUUAGAUCAAACGGAAAAAGAUUUUGUUCCUGAAAAUUAAAAAAAUUGAAAACGGAAUAGUAGUGGGUUGAGAGCUCUACCUUUCCUCAAGCAAUCAUCGUGCAAUAAAUUCAAGUUUCAAAUAGUUAUGAUACAAACUGAUAAUAGAUCACGAAAACAUGAUAAUAAGACUAUUUAGGUUGGGUCAAAACCCACAUCAAAAAAGCAUCAGACGCAUGGAUCAUAGAAAUACCUGACCGUAAACAUCAUCAGAGGAAUUUUUAUUUAACCAAGAUCCAUAGAGGUCAUUCCAAAAGACUCUUCAGUUGAAAUCAUAGUGAGGCGGCUAUAGUUGUGAGUCGUGGAGAGAGGAGGAUGUUUGAUUUGGAAUUUCUAGACGCCAUAGUGUCUUUAGGUUAGAGAGGAUUUAGAUCGUGAUUUAUAAAGUGGGAGAGGAGGAGAAGUCGAACAAUGAUUCCAGAUUUGAUGUUUGGGAUCUUAUAAAUGCAAAUAAUAGCCAAAGUUAUUGACUGAGUGGAGCAGAAAUCUAUGGCUCUUGACUUUUCAAUUUCUCAAUACGCUACGAAGGUUGAGGAAGAAGUAGAGUUUGUUAAUCUGACAUGGCAAAGUAACUAUUUUUUAUUGGUAGAUUUCCAUGUUGACGUGCCGCAAAAUUUUCUAUGGAGAGACUUUUAGUCUACCUAAUACAUAUGGGUCUCAAAUAAGAAGCGGGCCCAAUUUAUAAAAAUAGAAGCGAAGCCCAAGUCGAGUAAACAUCAUUUCAUCGUAACAAACGUGACGCGCUCGUAAGAAAUUAAAAAGAAAAACGAAACGCGUGACAAACACCCAUACCACAGCUAGUCGACACGUGUCGCGAAAAGCACCCCUCUCCUUGAUGUCGUGGAAGCCUAUGGAGAGACUAAACUCUACUUUAUAUAUAUAGAUGUGUAUGUAUGUGUGAGGUCCAUUAUUUUGUGGAGAACUCCUUCCUUAAAGUUCUUAAAACAAAGUUUUUAGAACCUUAAAGGUGGGGUUCUCCACAAAAUAAUGGAUCCCAAUACAUACACAUAUACAACAUAUACUUACACACAUAUGAAUUUUUAGAACUCCAAUGGGUAGAACCUCCCAUUUGAGGUGCUCUAAUUAUCUGUGAAUCCACGGGAGGGCAACUGGAUUCGUAUUGAUUAGAUUUGUGUUAUGUUCUCUAUGUAGUAGGAACCGGAGAUGGAGACUGAAGCUCUUGAAUCUAUACUUGCUGAUGACUUUAAAGGUGUUUUAUUGUUUUUUGCCUUUUUAAGAUUUUAGUUUCUUUGUCUAUUCAUUUUGAGCUGGUGAGAGCAUUGAGUUCUUCUUUACUAUUGUAUUGUGUGAUAGAAAUAUUCAUUCUAGUGAAAGUGGGCUUGAUACUUCAAAUCGAUGCUUUCAGAUUACAGUGACUCCUCAGGUGUUAUUAUAUCUAUCACACCUUCAUCUCCUUUUCUACAGCUCCUGCAACGUCUUUCAUCUUGAUGAUCCAAAGCUCCUUAAUUUAUGUGAAAAAAAGCUUGUUAUUAUAAGUGUAGCAAAUGUUUCUAUGUCAACUUAGUAAAUUGACAUUCUCCUGAUUCUCUUCUUUUUGUCUUGAUACAUAACUUAUAAUAAGUGUAAAUUUUUCUUUUUGUCUUGAUACAUAACUUAUAAUAAGUGUAAAUUUUUCUUUUUGUCUCUCCUGACUUCUCCUGAUGUAGAGGAGUCAUCCAUCCCACCAGCUGUAUAUGUGGGUCAACUUCUUCAAUAGAACUAAGAGCCUUGUUUGAAGAAGUAUAACUGCAGAAACACACACACAAAAGGGACAUCAACACGGUGCUCUGGUGAUCGAAACAGAAGGAUAAGGACACAGCGACCUCCCUUUCUCUCUGUCUUGUAAGCAUGCCUUCAUAAAACAUGUUGGAAUGAAGAAGAAAUUAUCCAGCAAAAUAUGCCAAAGUUAAUGUUAGCAAAACCUGCCAAAAAGAAACAAGCAAGGCUUGCCAAAGAGAAACAAACAAAACUUGCCAAAGAGAAACAAGCAAGUCUGCCAGCAUGAACAGUACUUAAACAACUACGAGUAAUCCAAGUGUGUUUGGCUUCUUGUGUAACACAGUUCUAGUUUAUUUUCUUCUUCUUUAUAAUCUAUUGUAAUAAUAUUUUUCAGAUCCAAGAAUUGAGGAGUUCUUCAUUAUACUUGAUUCUAAGCUGAAUGGGGGAAUUCCCCUUUCCUCUUCACCAUUCUCAAGUCUAUUAUACUCUCAUAUAAUCUUUCUUUUUCUCCAUAGCAGUCUCUAUAGUUCUCACUCUCUCUUCAUUCUUUUCUCUUUAAAUCCAACCACUCUGUUCUAAACACCACUCACACACCAUAAUAUGUCUAUUCUCACAUGUUAUCAGAUCUCUCAAGCUCCUGAAAAUCACAAAGCUUCCGCAAAUCCAUCACAAGCCUAGCCACAUCUCAGAUCCAAACCAUUGAAGAUGUCCAGCCGGUUCUCUCGCUUCAAAAAGAAAGUGUUUGAAGCUAUGGUGGUGUCUCUUGGUCGUUCUUCUUCUAUCAUGUCCAUUAAAGGUGUGUAUCAACUCAUUUCCAAGCUAAAACCUUUCAAGAAGAAAGCUUUCUCAUUGUUCCUGAAGUUGGUGACUUGGAAGGUGAUGAAAGGUGGAACUUUUUGUGUGGUGGUUUCAAGAAGCAGGUUAUGAACACAAGGAGAAAGUGUUGUGUGACGACCCAGUCUCUUAUCCACCAGAUUCAUGACCCAUUACCAUAGAGGCUCAAGGAACCAGUCCAAGUUCCUUGGUUUUAAGCUAAUCAUAAACCUUCUUGAUAUGAGCUUGUAAUUGUGUUAGGUAUGGUUGUGUUGAGUGGUGUGUUUGGUAUUCUAAGGACAGUUGAAGCUGCUAGUGUUGUUGAACCUAGUUUCUGUCCUAGAACCAUUAUCUGUGUUGUGUCUGGUCUAAACGAGUUUUUUUUAUUUUUAAAUAACUUAAUGAGUUUUUAUUAAUAAAAAUAUUUAAAGAAUAGAAAAAUCUGUAUCUUAUUAUAUAAUAAAUCAUGAAACAAGAAAAUUAUUUAACAUCGAACAAGUUUAACAAAACAUUAAAUUAGUACAUAAGAACAUGUAUAAUGUUGUCACUGCUUCUUAGUCUUAUUUAACUUCCAAAUUCCUUUUUAUUUCAUUGUAAUUAUUAUUUUGGGUUAGAUCUGGUUUAAAUUUUUACGUUUGGAUGUUUUUCUAGCUCUAACAAAUAUUAACUGAAACUUAUGUGUGAAAACGAGUUCUUAACUAUAAAAUAAAUUUCACAUAACAUAUACAAAAACAAUUUUAAAACAAUAAUAAAAUGAUUUUUUAAUAUUUUAUUAAAUUAAAAUAUCAAAUAAAGCCAACGGGUCCAAAUCUAGUUAUAUAUACAUAGUACAUAUCUUAUAGUGCAAGUAAUCAUCUUUUUUUUUUUGAAAUAUCUAAAAGUAGUGGGUGAUAUUCAACGAUGUUGAUUCAAUUCUGCACUGCAACCAAGGCAAAUUCACAUUUCGUUACACUAAAUUGCUCUGAAAAAAAAAACAUAACAAAUUCGAUUGGAACGUAAAAUCCCAAAUCUUAAUGAAAGUCCACGAGUGGUUAAUAUAAUCUGGCUGUUGUACCUCAUCUAAUGUUAGUAUUAUCUAUUAGAUGACAUAAAGUAUUAAAUUAAAGUCCACUAGUGGUUAAUAUAAAUAUAUAAGCUGUUGUACCUCAUCUCAUGUUAAUUAGAUGACAAAAAGGAAUUAAACUUAAGUCCACAAGUGGUUAAUACAGUCUGGCUGUUGUACCUCAUCUCAUGUUAAUAUAAUCCAAGUGUUCUUCAUUAUUAUUGUUUAUGAAUUAUUGGUAUAGAGUUAUUGGUCUUUGCUGGUGGCUUUUCUCCUAAGUCAAUCAAAAUUAUUGGUGUUUUCCUCUUUCUCUUGUUCAUUAAUCAAAAUAGUGAGUUUGGUUUUGGUUGCAUUCUAAAAGUUUGAGCAAAGAUGGGAGGCUGUAUAUCAGUAGAUAUACCAUGUGAUCAAGCGCUGAAUCAAACCUGCAGCCGUUUAUUUGGUGAUAGAAAUUACAUUCACAUGAUGAAGGCUAAUCUUGGCGCUCUGGAGACAGCUAUGCAAAAACUUAGAGAAAGUCGAGAUGAUCUGUUAACAAGAGUUUCCAUUGAAGAAGAUAAAGGUUUGGUGCGGCUUGCUCAAGUAGAAGGAUGGUUGUCAAGGGUAGCAAGUAUUGACUCUCAGGUCAGUGAUCUGCUUAAGGAUAAACCAACUGAAAUCAAAAGAUUGUGUAUUUUUGGAUAUUUUUCCAAAAAAUGCAUAUCAAGCUGUAAGUAUGGUAAAGACGUAUGGAAGAAGUUGGAAGAAGUUAAAGAGCUUCUAUCUGAAGGAGUUUUUGAAGAGUUGGCCGGAAAAAGACCUGCACCAAAGGUGGUGAAGAAAGAGAUCCAAACAACAAUAGGUUUGGAUUCAAUGGUUGGAAAGGCAUGGGACAGCAUCAUGAAACCUGAAGGAAGAACUUUAGGUAUUUAUGGAAUGGGGGGAGUUGGGAAAACAACCCUCUUAGCUCGUAUCAACAACAAAUUCGACGAAGAGGUGAAUGAACUUGAUGUUGUGAUAUGGGUUGUGGUCUCUAAAGAUUUGCAAUACAAGGGCAUUCGGAAUCAGAUUCUAGGAAAAUUACGUGUUGACAAGGAAUGGGAAAAUCAAACAGAGGAGGAGAAAGCAGCUUCCAUACACAAAAUCCUAGGAAAAAAGAAAUUUAUACUGCUAUUAGAUGAUCUGUGGAGCGAGGUCGAUUUGAACAAGAUUGGAGUUCCACGUCCAACUCAAGAAAAUAAUGGAUCGAAGAUAGUUUUCACCACUCGCUCAAAGGAAGUUUGCAGAUACAUGGAAGCUGAUGAUGAGCUAAAACUUAAUUGUUUGUCAACGAAUAAAGCGUGGGAACUGUUUCAAAAUGUAGUUGGAGAAGUCUCAUUAAAGCGGCAUCCAGAUAUUCCCACACUUGCAAAACAAAUUUGUGAAAAAUGUUAUGGCUUGCCGCUUGCACUCAAUGUGAUUGGCAAAGCCAUGUCAUGUAAAGAGGAUGUACACGAAUGGCGUGAUGCAAUUCAUGUUCUCAAUACGUCUAGCCACCACGAGUUUCGAGUUAUGGAAGAAAAGAUUCUUUCAAUUUUGAAGUUCAGCUAUGAUGGCUUAAAGGAAGAAAAUGUGAAAUCAUGCUUCCUAUACUGUUCUUUGUUCCCGGAAGAUUAUGAAAUAACGAAGGACGAUUUGAUAGAGUAUUGGAUCAACGAAGGAUUUAUAAAUGGAAAGAGAGAUGAAGAUGGAAGUAACAACCAAGGUCAUGUUAUUAUUGGUUCGUUAGUUCGUGCGCAUCUAUUGAUGGAAUCAGAAACUACUGUGAAAAUGCAUGAUGUGUUACGUGAAAUGGCUAUUUGGAUAGGAAAAGAGGAAGAAAAACAGUGCGUCAAAACAGGUGGGAAGCUAAGCUUUAUACCAAAGGACACCAACUGGUCAGUUUUGAGAAGGAUCUCAUUGAUGAGUAAUCAAAUUGAACAGGUAUCUUGCUCUCCCAAAUGCCCCAACCUUUCGACUCUAUUUCUCGGGGAUAACAAGUUGGAGGGUAUAUCGGAUAAAUUCUUUAAGUUUAUGCCAGCCCUUGUCGUCUUGGAUCUUUCGCGUAACCGUGAUCUUAGUGAAUUGCCGGAAGGAAUUCACAGCUUGACUUCCUUGCGAUACCUCAAUUUAUCACACACAAGUAUAAGUUCGUUAUCGGUUGGUUUGAAGAGGUUGAGGAAACUAAUAAGCCUAGACCUGGAGUUUACCUGGCUUGACAGCAUUGAUGGGAUAGGAACAAGCUUACCAAAUCUUCAGGUGUUGAAACUAUAUCGUUCUCCUGUUUUUAUUGAUGCAAGUUCAAUUGAAGAGCUUCAACUUUUAGAGCACUUGAAGAUUUUAACAGGAAGCGUGGUAGAUGCUUUAAUGUUGGAAAGUAUCCAAAGAGUUGAGCGAUUGGCGAGUUGUGUUCAACGCCUUUGGAUUAUCAAUUUGUCCGCCGAGGUUGUAACAUUUAACACGGUAGCUCUGGGUGGUCUUCGACAACUUGAUAUUGAGUUGUCCAGAAUCUCAGAGAUAAAGAUAGACUGGAAAAGCAAAGAGAAGGAAGAUCUUCCAUGUAACAGUUCUCCAUGCUUCAAGCACCUCUCAAGUAUUUUUUUACGCAGUUUGGAAGGUCCGAAAGAAUUGAGCUGGUUAUUGUUUGCUCCAAAUCUCAAGCAUCUAGAGGUGGCAUAUUCAGGAAGCCUAGAAGAAAUAAUAAAUAAGGAGAAGGGAAUGCAUCCUGAUAUGAUGGUUCCCUUUCAGAAGCUAGAAUCCUUCAGUUUAAGGGGUUUGGAUGAAUUAAAGAGAAUAUGCUCAAAUCCUCCAACUCUUCCAUCCCUGAAAAAAAUUGUUGUCGAACACUGCCGAAAGCUGCCGAAAGCUGCCACAGAGAGUUUCCGAGACAUGAACAGGAAUGAAGUUGAUGAAUGAGGCUCCGAAGCCCCGUUGCGUAUGUCAUAUGUGUGUGAGUGUAUCCUCUCAGUUCUUAAACGUGGUUUGGUUUUAUGUUCUUUUUUUACUUUAAUGGCAUUGUUGUCAAAGUUGUAUUUCUCAGACCUGGAAACUUAUCAUUGUUGCAUUUCCACUUCUCUCCAGUUUGUAUCCAUUUGGUACAUUUUCCUCAAAGCUUUCAUUUGUGUCUGUGUUCUAAUUCAUGCAUCUCUAACUCAAAACCUCAUUUUUAAUACUAAGAAAACCACAGUGGCUGAGCAUUCGUCUUCUUCAGUUUCUGCAGCGGUUAAACUUCGUCAGCUUCGGGUAUCAUGGUCGGCAAAAUUUGCUAUAAUACUUGAUUGAUGCUCACAAUGGCUGCUGGUUCUGAAGUUGGUUAAUGGAUUUUCUCUCUGCUUCCUUGAAUUAAAGAGCUAGAACAAGCAAAUAUAGAGAGAAAGAUAGUGCGUCUAACAAGACUUUGGGACUUUAUAUAUGACUUUAAAGAAAAGACGUCUCUGUUAAGAUAGUGUGCCCUCAAGUUGAUUCAAAUGUUCGAUUUAAUAUCUAAGAGAUGGGAAAGUGUCGAUUUAAACCCUAACAAUUUUAUUCGUGUCAAAUACAAUCCGAACAAAUCAAAAUACCAUACAAACAGUCAAUAUUAAAUAUGACUUUAGCUCAAUUAUAAUUCAAAAAAUUAACCAAACAUACUUAAAUCUAUUUUUUUUUAAUAUAUUCGUUUUAAGACUCGAAUAUCUGUCUUGAUAUCCAUUUAAAAGGUUACACUAACCACUACACUAAAGUAAUUUUUGAUAUAUAUUACAAAUUUAAAAUUAUAGAAACUAAUAUACUUCUUCAUCUUAUCCAAUUAAAACUUUGGUGAUGAUCGUUUCUGAUUUAUAUAAAUACAUUAACAUGUUUUUAAUUAUCAUAUAAACGCAUAUCUUACUAAAAUAUAAAUAAUCAAAUAUUUAUACUUAUACAAAAUUAAAUAUACUUAAGACUUUGAAACUAUUUAUACAACAUAUUUCAACGUACACAAACAUACAAACUUACGUCUAGGGCAAAAUCUAUUUCAGCUUCAGCCAUUAACUAAUUUCACUGGUCAACCAAUUUUCCCAGCUCCAUUUAACUGCAUGCAUAUUAGCAGUAGCCUAUCAAUAUGUGCGGAGUCUAGUGUUCUACAACCAAACACACAACAUUUGUUCAUAAAUUUGAAUUCAAAUGAAAAGACGAAGCAACCCAAAAGUAAAUCCAAGGUUGCUUCAACGUCAAAGGCUUUGACUCAAAGCAGAGUACAAAUACAAUUACUAGAGCCAUGUCUUGUUACUGACGGCAAACGUUACAUAUAAAAUUCUCAUUUCAAAUGCAAUGAAACUGCGCCGUUUCGUCUUCACGUAUGAAAUGGGACGUAAUUGACAAAUUAAUAAAUCCUAGGGAUAUUAUUAGAAACUUCAUUAAGGUUUGGGGUAUAAGUAUAACAGAAUCAUUUGAAAUUUAUUUAACUCCAUAGAGCGAAGAAGAAGAAACCUCGUUGACUCUAGCAGAAUCUGAUCACAUUUUUCUUUGAUUCUCAGACAGAAAGGUACGAUGUUUCUCCUUUUUCGUGUUUCUGGUCCAUUUUAUUUCUCUGUGUUUGAGUUACUGUGUUUUUAAGUUUGAUGACUUUUAGUUUCAGAUCCUUUAGUGAAUUGUUUGUGAGUUUUGGGUUUUUGAUGUGGACUGUCCUCAUUGUUAACUUUGAGGAAGAUAUGAUAGGUCACUGGAUCAUCGACUUUCCAUUGUGUCAUGUUAUCCUGUGUUGUGUCUAAACAUGGAAAUGUAAUAAUAAUAUCUGAGAUUUCCUCUUUUGUUCUCGUUUUCAGUUCAGUCAAGAGUUGGAAAAUGGAAGGGACUGUGUUCACGCCUUGUUUGGAAGGAAUGAAGCAUGUCAAAUCUGAACAAGGCGAGAUGCUUACUAUGCCUUUUCUUGACCUCUGCAAGACCCUCUUCCCUGUUUUAGAUAAGUUUGGAGCUGCUAUGACUAUCGUGAAAUCUGACAUUAGUGGCAACAUAACGGUAAAGUUUUGAUACGUGACUAUCGUUAGAUAGAUUAGUAUAUUUUACAUUAAAAGUUUGGGUAAUUUCUAUUUAAUAAUUGGUUUUGAAGUUUUCUUUUUUACAUAUUAGUAUAAGAGGUUUCCGUAUUCUAUAAAGUUGUAUUCCUAUAUGGGUUUCAUAUGAUUAAUAAUAUACAAGCUUCAAGAAUUAACUUAAAUCUCUAAGAGAGAUUAUGUUAAAAGGAAUUAAGCUUUUUGUUCAUAUCAAGUUCUCUUCUAGUUUCCAUGAUUUUGGUAAUCAUAGAUCACAAAUCCUCAGUUCUUACUCUUCUGACCUAGUAAUGUGUAACUCUGAUAGUGUAGAUAAAAUGUCCUGUACCUGCGUCACGACCUCUGUACAUUGGAUUGUUGUUUUACAAUAUAAAAUUGUUUGUCCGUCUCUUCUGUAGAGGUUGGAGAAGAACUACUUGUCUGAUCCAGACAAGUACAAGUACUUGUACACCAUUGUUCAAGGUGAAAUUGAGUCAGGGACAGCAAAAGGAUCGUCUAGUUGUACCAAUGGUCUUCUCUGGUUAACCAGGUAAACAAUAUCGGCAUGUAAACACAAUACACACUUUUCUUACGAAAAUAACUGCUUCUCAGAAACAGAUAAACAUAUAUUGAUUCUUUCAGAGCAAUGGAUUUCUUAGUGGAGUUAUGCCGCAACUUGGUAGCACAUCAAGACUGGUCAAUGUCACAAGCUUGUGGUGACUCGUACCAAAAAACACUCAAGAAAUGGCACGGAUGGUUCGCUAGCUCUACCUCUUCUGUACGAACUUUACUUGCGUCUUUAUGUCACUCCUUUCACUGUUUGAACCACAUUUUCUACAAACCGUGUCGCAUUCUAAUUUCCUGAUAAAUGGUAAACCUUUUCUUUUUAUCAGAUGGGUUUAAAGCUUGCUCCAGACAGGAAGAAGUUCAUGGAGGUUACAGCUGGUUCUGGUGACAUCAAUGCUGACAUGGAAAGGUUUUUCUCAGAGUUUGGUCCACUCCUUCAAGAAAAUCACAAAUUUCUGGUAAACAUGGACUUUAAAAACCUCAAAUUAUUGCAAUGUCUUCAGAUUUCAUCACUAGCUUUGAUUCUCAUGUUGUUCUUGUUUUUAUUUAUUCGCAGGCUAGUGUUGGUAUGGACGACAUGAAAGCUGCUUAAGCCACCAUAUGUUUACUGCCUGUCUGGUUUAACUUUUCUUCUUUGGAUUCUAAAACUUGUAGACCCACCAAAAGAAACAGAAUAGUGUGUCCAUUUCUAGCUGAAUGUUGUUCACUUAA